UUUGAACGAGGAGCCUCUAGUGGCGGAUCGAGAAACAAUUGAUUUGAAAAAAGAUGGAGGAUGUGUUGUUUACACUGGAAAUUCUCUGCUUAUAAUGAACCAUAAGAAGUUCCGUGCUUUGUUAAAAAAAUUUCGCAGAAAAUUUAAGAGACAGGCUUUAGCUAAAUUACGAGAACAAAAAGGAAGAGUACUUAUCAUGCUGCUUAAAAUAAUUAGCUGUAAAAAUCAGAAAGCUUAUUACAUAAUUGAAAUGAUUCAAAGGUUGCUACAGACAACACAAGAAAGGCAACAUAUGCUAUGGUUAGAACGUGAAAAAGAAGCACAAGAAUUGUUUGAAAAACAAAAGGAUUUAAGAGAGUUGCAAAAGAAAAGAGAAGAGGAAAUUAGACUAUUAAUGGUGAUAAUAUUAGAAAAAGUGAAAUUCAUUACUCACACUAUGAUUAUGUUGUUAAUUUUCAGGUGUUCUAGAUCACAUCCAAAACCUGAAAUUAGUCAUACUCUACUGAUAAAGGGAAUGUACAGUCAUUUUAGUAUCGAACAGAGUAAUUGUGAUGAUUAUGAUGCUGAUUGUAAUUUAGAAUACGAAGACAGUGAAACGUACCAUCAUUUCUGUGAAUUUUAUGAUGAUGUACUACCUGAAUUUAAAAAAGCUGGCAAAGUUAUUCAGUUUAAAGUUUGCUGUAAUCACGAACCUCACCUUCGAGGAAAUGUCUAUGUACAAUAUUCAAAACAAGAAGAAGCAGAAAAAGCUUUUAGAUUAUUUAAUACCAGGUGGUAUGGUGGAAAACAGUUAAGCUGUGAAUUUACAAAUGUAAUUAAAUGGAAGAGUGCUAUUUGUGGUCUCUUCCAUAGAAACCGCUGCCCUAAAGGUUCCAGUUGUAACUUUCUGCACGUGUUUAGGAAUCCGGAUAACGAAUUUUGGGCAGCGGAUCGAGAUUUGGAAGAGAGGAGAAGCGGCUAUCGAAGCGAGAGACGAAAUUAUAGCCAUCGCUCGCCCGAAAAUCGCAGCGAUCGAAGGAGACGGAAGAAACGUCGCAGGAGAUCCGCAUCGUCCUACGACCGCCAUCUUGGUUCGUCUCCGUCUGACGCGUCGUCCAAUUCGUCGCGAUCGCCGUCGCCGUCGCGAUCCAGAAAAAGAUCUUCGAGGCGACAUUCCAGAAAGUCAUCGAAAUCGAAAAAGAAAAGGAGACAUUGAAAUUUUAAUGUACAUAAAACGUAAUUUAGUCAAUAAAUAAAUAAAUAAAAAUAUGUUGUAAUUAUAAUCCCGGAUCUGUUUGAUUCACGUUACUUCACUUAGUAUCGAAUAUAUAAUUCGGCCAUAAAUAUUAAUUAAGGAGAGAUCGGAUGGAGUUCAAGGUUAC